GAAUCUCGCCACUGGAUGCAGAUCGCAGUUAGUGAGACCUGGAGCAAACCCUUCAACGAUCCAAGGAUUCUGAGCAAGUGUUCUACCUGAGAAUUAUCUACGAACAUGGAAACAAUGGUGGAGAAGCCGAUAAAUGAUUCAGGACAAGUCCUGCUGGAGAAUCUGCCCAUGGAGUUACUGGGCAACAUAAUCGAUCAACUAGUUACUGACAUACUGCCAAUUGGAUUUCAGUCACGGAAUAUUGACCUUAUGUCGCUCCUCUUAACGUCACGUGUCCUGCAUUCAGCGACGCUGGCAACCCUCUAUAGCCAGGUCACCAUCUCCCACUCCAAGGCGUUUCACAAAUUCAUAACCCAUGUUGCUGCACACCCAGCUUUGGGUACUAUGGUUCGACGACUCGAUUUCUCGCAUUUCAACCCUAUUGGGUUGGGUAUGACAGGAAGAGAGCGAGCUGAGACUCAAAACCUGACAGUGCAGACUCUGCUACAAUGUGUCAAGUUGCUCCCCAACCUUCAGGAAUUUCUGGCCCAAGAGCACAUAGAUGAUGACCUCAGUUCAGAUGUCAUCUGGACACUAUUCCAGAUGCCUCGGGUGCAAGCACUCGACUUUUGCACCUGCUCAUCCACGCUAUUCCGGGAUGCUAUUAUGAACGUAUUUGGAAAUACUUGCUCCUUCCAACUACCGCAAGUCCUGCCCAUCACGCGUCUAAGCUUCCACAGCUGCACAAUCUUACCCUCCGCGAUCUUUGAAUCGCUGCUACCUCGUUUACCAAAUUUGACGCAUUUAGAUGUUACGCACACCCGUAUCACAGACGAAGUGCUCGCCACAAUUCCACGAACAGCUAGGCUUACGCACCUUAACCUUAGCAAAUGCUGUUCCCUCUCCGGUGACAAGGUCGUGAAGUUCCUAGGCACCCAUCCAGCUGUUAAGGAUACCAUAGUUUAUUUAAACCUCCUUAUGGAUGCCAAGAGCCACAAAAUACUCAACGCUAUGGACGUUACUAAGCUCUUACCUACUCUACCAAGUACUCUAAGGUCUCUAAACCUCAAAGGCAGCGAGAUGUCUCAAAACCACAUACCGCUGCUCCUGCCCUUAACGAAACACCUUGAAGAACUCGGCAUUGGUAGAAACCUUCUAUACGAAGAUAUCUCACCUAUUUUUGGUCCCUUUUCAAAUGAGGCAAUGGAUAACGCAUCUUGGAUUCCUCAUACACUGCACUAUCUGGACAUCUCAGAUCUUGAACCCGAUCAACUAGAUCUUGGGCUUCUCUUCCGAUCAAAGACCAGCAUUCUGGAGCGAGGGACAAUGCCGUUGGAAGUUAUUGAGGUGGGAGAGAAGGCUUUCAAAAAAUUGAAGGAUAGAGAGCAUAUUUGUAAGCCGUUUGGAUGGGUUGUGAAGGAAGCGGGGAGGAGGGGUAUGCUGGCUAGGGAUAUAGUAAAGACUAACACCAAACUGGCUGGUGAGGAAAUUCAGAUCAAUGACGGAUGCAGGAGCUGGAAAAUGGGAGCGACAUACUGGGGAAUGAGGAAGGUGCCAGUCGCGCGCGCUGAAGUAUGUGGCAUGUAUGAAUUGUGUAUGUUCAAACAAUAAGCAAGCAUAACACAGGAGGAGCACAAUACAGACGCUAAUCAGCUGG